AUUUCCUAUGGACUUGCUUUCUCGAAAUCAUCGAUGACUAUUGCCCACCUACAACAAUUGCAUUAUUCCCAUUGAGAUACCACUUCCUCGAACGGUCAACACCACGACAGUUUACCACAAGUUAUCACCGAACCCUUCACUAUAAAUCGAAGAUGACGACCGACAUCCCCAACAUCCCCACAGCCCUUCCUAGGAUUCCUUCUCAGACCAAAGACGCCAUCGUCGACCCCAUUUACCGCGCCCUCCUCUCAAUCGACACCGCCAAUCCUGCCCUCUUCGCCUCUGCCAUCCACGAAGCCGCCCGCUUCAGCCUGAACGGCCGCCUUCUCGAGGGCGCCGACGCUAUCAAGACACACGUGUACGAUACGGUGUCCAGGAUAGACACCACCCACCACCUGUCCAACCUCCGCAUCACCGAGUUCGAUGAAGUGACAGGGACAGCUAGCUUGGUCGCUACCGUUCUGGCACAGCACUAUCGACAGGGAGAGGGACUCGAUGCUUCUUCCAAGGGGCUUUUGGCGGGAGGGUUCUAUUUUGUCGAUGUGGUCAGGGAAGAGGGAGAUGCCGAGGUGUGGAGGGUCAAGGAGUGGACCUUGAGGGUUCUUUGGAGGGAGGGCGAUGAGGGAGUAAUGGCAAGUGUCAACGAGAACGGUGAGAAGAAGGAAGAGUAG